UGCAAAUCCUAAAGCUAAUGGCAGGAACAGCAACAUUAUCCUCGUUGAUCAACCUCAACGUCACACCCCUCCACUCCUCGCUCUCACCGUCUGCACAUUUUCCAUUACCACACCACAUCCAAACCCCUAGUUUGAAGCCCAACAUAAUCAGCAAUAUUUGUCACAGCAAGCUGAACAGUAGUGCAGCUAGUGAAGUGGAAGCUGAGGAAAUUGAUGGAGAUUUCUUCUUCGAGGGUGAUCAUGGGGUGGUAGAGGAUGAUGAAAGUGAUGAGGAAGAUACAGAAAGCAGUGUUGAUUUGUUAAUAAGGUUCUUGCAAAGCAUGUUAAAGAAAGUUUCCAAGCGUGCCAAGAAGGCUUCUCGCUCUGUUUUGCCGGCCCAAAUACCGGCUCAGCUGGUGUCUUUUGCAGUUGAUGGCGUUCUACUUUUGGCUUCACUUUCAAUUGUUAAAGCACUUCUUGAGGUGGUCUGCACUCUUGGAGGCACUGUGUUUGUGGUGAUCCUGUUUCUACGUGUGAUUUGGGCCACCAUUUCUUAUUUCCAAUCAAGUGGCAAUAAUUUUAACCAGGGUGGAAGUUCUUUUGCUACAGCACAGUAAGUAACAUAAUUUUCACUAUUGGUGGAAAGCACUCUUUUUUCUGAAUUUCCUCACAGAAUGGCUUUGAAAGCUCUCUCUCUACAAAAUGCUACAUGACUACUACAACAUGUUCAACCUUUUCAUUGUUGCCUCCAGUUCUUGUGUAAAUGUGAAAGGAAGUGUAAAAUUGAGUAGGAAGCGAUUCAAACUGCGCACUAUUUUAUUUGUUAGUACAAUGGUUCAUUUACCCU